UGAAUAUAAAAGAGGAUGUCGGCGUGGGAGGCCUUCUGGAUAUUUGCGCAGGGUUUGCUCCUCACUCUCGCGAUCCCCGACACACCAACUCGAGCUCUCUCCAUAGUAAUUUUCAACAAAUAUUCGCAUUCGAAGGUGAAAAUGGAGAUUAGAAGUUGGAUUUGGAUUUUCGCCAUCUGCACUUUUUCAGGCGCUGCCGAGUCUGAAGAAAAUCCAUGGGCGGAAAUAAACUCAACAGACUGCUGGAAUUACGGAAGAAAUCGAUCAAUUUUUGAAGCUCCAGGCGUUCAAAAUUGGAAUGACUGCGGCCGCUGGAACGAAAGUGGAAUCGCCCCGUGGAUUGUUGUACUCAGAACUGCAGACGAUGGCGAUUUUGUGCGUUCUGUUCUUGUGUCCGACCAAACAAUAAUUUCGUUUGGAUGGAGGGACACGUUAAACGCUGAACUGAAAUCAGGAAAAGAAAUUAAAUUUUACGCAGGACAGUGUGAAGAUGAAAAAGAUGGACAAAAAUGCUUUUGGAAAAGAAGUUUGCAGAGCAAAAAGGUUUUGGACGUAAAGAAGGUGAAUGUGAAGUACGGGAGUUUUUUUCACGGGCCGAUCUUUGUUUGGCGGAUUGAAAAAGUCGAAUUCACACCGAGUUUGCAGCCGGCAUGUUUGUGGAAUAAAGACAACAAGAAAGACGAACAAGAAAAUUUUCAUUUCUACGAUUAUCUAAAUGAAACAAUGGGAAAAUUAAAUUAUCUGCCGGAGCACGAUUGUUACAGCGAGAAAAAGAUCAGAAAAAUGUACUGCGACCUGUACGGGAAUUCAAUCUGCACAUCUCGCCCAGGACUUAAUUGGACGCAACAAUUGUAUUUGUUCGUUGGACGCGGUGGUCGAUUCUAUUUACGCGCACUGUUGGCCAGUCUUAUUGACGACAUUGCUCACAAAUGGCUGGACUUGCUGCCGUGGACAAAUGAAAUCACCUCGGCCGCUGUCGAUUUGCAAUGAGCAAAAACUAUGCUUAUAAGACUGGCUUAAGAGAGGCCGCAAAAAUCCAAAAUACACAAUUGUGUAUUACAAGUUUUGAGUUAUAAAACCAUAAUUUUAAGAAGACAAUCAAAUUAUCUAUAUUGUCCAAUUUCGUCUCUAGAUUUAUUUUAUUUUUUAGCCCAUUUCAACGGCGCGCACAAGCAAUUUAAGAAUGAGGCAAGAAGUAAAAUAUCAAUAUAAAGUUAUCAGAAACAAUAAAUUUUAACAUGUAAAUAAUGCUUAACAAAAUAAGUGACACGUAACAAGAUUAUAAAUAUGCAUUGGCACAAUUGCGUGAAUUUAUAACAAAAGAUAUUUCACUUUCAACCUUGACUACGAACAAGUUGGUGUUGCAAUUUGAACAAAGAUGACAGGUCCAGCCAGCCACACAGAGGUGGUCCAAGAGUUGGGACAACACUGGAGUCCGGAUUGCAAAAAAACAUUAUCUGAUAUAUUGAUAAUUCUCUUUCUUUCAUUCUACAAUUGCAUAUUAUGAGAACUACAAAUGUUUGUGCACUUUGAUAAAAUGUUCAGAGAAC